GUACUUCAGUUUGCAUUUUAAGUUCAUCAGCUCUCUCUGGAGACAGAAUUUUCUUUAUGAAAAUUCCUUUGGAAUUGUUUAGGAUCAUUGUAUUGAUCAGAAUAACUAAGAUUUUUACAGUUGAUCAUCCUUACAGUUACUGUGUACAAUAUUCUUUUGGUUCUGCUCACUUCACAUUGGUUUAGUCAUACCCCAUGUUAUUUAUUAUAGCACAAUGGUAUUCCAUCACAAUUAUAUACCAUGACUUCUUUAGCUAUUCCCCAAUUGAUGGGUAUCCCUUCAAUUUCCAAUUCUUUGCCACCACAAAAAGAGCUGUUAGAAAUAUUUUUUUUCAUAUAAGCCAUUUCCCUUUUUCUUUUAUCUGAUAGUUGUAUUGCUGGGUCAAAGGUUUUAUAGCCCUUCGGGUGUAGGUCCAAAUUAUUCCCCAGAAUGGUUGAGCCAUUUCAUAAUUUCACCAACAGUUUAUUAGUGUAUCUAUUUUUCCACAUCUCCUCCAGCAUUUGUCAUUUACCUGUUCUGCCAUGUUAGUCAGUCUGUGGCGGUGCUUCAGAGUUGUUUUAAUUUGCAUUUCUCUAAUCAAUAGUCAUUUAGGCCAUUUUUUUGGUAUAACGACAGGGUUUAUUUCUUCUUCUGGAGACUAUAUUAUUUGUGUCCUUUGACCAUUUAUCAGUUAGGGAAUGGCUCUUAUUUUGAUAAGUUUGGCUCAUUUUCAUUGAGAAAUGAGCCCUUUAUCAGAGAAAUUUGUAAAUUUCCUUGGGGUUUCCUUGAUCUCCUUCUAAUUUUGGCUAUAUUUGUUUUGUUGGAACAAAACCUUUUUAAUUGCAUAUAAAAAAUUAUCCAUUUUACUUUCUAUGACCUUCUCUCUCUUUUGCGUGGUCAUAAAUUUUUCCCUUUUUGCAUAGAUCUGACAGGUAAAUUUUUCCAUGCUCCUCUAAUUUGCCUGUGAUAUCAUUCUUUAUAGAAAUCAUGACCUAUUUCAACCAUAUCUUGGUGUAUAGUAUGAGAUGUUGAUCUAUGCCUAAUUUCUGCCAAACUGCUUUCAAGUUUUCUCAGACAUUUUUUUUUUAAAUAGUAAGUUCUUACCUGAAAAGCUUGGAUCUUCAAGUUUCUCAAACACUAGAUUGCUAUGGUCAUUUACCUAUGUAAAUGUUAUGUACCUAAUCUAUUCCCCUAAUACAUGACUCUAUUUCUUAGGUAGUACCAGACUGUUUUAAUGAUUACUGCUUUGUAAUAUGGCUUGAAAUCUGGUAUUGCUUAGCUGCCUUCCCUUACACUUUUUUCCAUUGAUUUUUCCUUGUUAUUUUUGACUUUUUGUUUUUCCAGAUGAAUUUUGUUGUUAUUUUUUUUUCUAGCUCUAUAAAUUGAUUCUUUGGCAGUUUGAUUGGCAUGACACUGAAUAAGUAAAUUAAUUGGAGCAGAAUUGCUAUUUUUAUUACCCAUAAGCAAUUAAUGUUUCCCCAAUUAUUUAGAUCCAUCUUUAUUUGUGUAAAAAUGUUUUGUAAUUAUGUUCAUAUAGUUCCUGGGUUUGUCUUGGUCUCUGGACUCCCAACUAUUUUAUGUUGCCUAUAGUUAUUUAAAAUGAAAUUUCUUUUUCUAUUCUUUCUAUUGGCUUUUGUUGAUAAUAUGUGGAAAUGCUGAUGAUUUAUGUGAGUUUAUUUUAUAUCCUGAAAUUUUUCUAAAGUUUUUCAUUGUUUUAGCUAGUUUUUUAGUUGAUUCUGUAGGGUUCUCCAAAUUUACUAUCAUGGUGUCUGCAGAGUGUUAUUUUUGUUUUCUUCAUAGCCUAUUCUUAUUGGUUCCCCCCAUUUCUGUAAAGGGAAGAAUCCAGUGCAUUUUCUUAACUCUUCUCAAGGUUCAAACUUGGUCAUUAUAAUUUCACAGUAUUCAGUUUAAUUUUUUUCUUUUUCCUGUUUUUUUGGUAUCCUUAUAUAAUUUUCCAGGUUCUGCUUUAUUUCACAGUAUCCCUUCAUAUAAGUAAUUGCUUAUGGCUCAUUACAUUUAUGAACUGUUGUUGAGUUAACCAUUCCUUAAUUUAUUAUGGACAUUUACUUUGCUACUACAAAAAAAGGCACAUCCUUUAAAAAGUGUAAUUUAGAUUACUUGGUCAUCUAUCUUUACUUGUUUAAAGCAUAUAAUUUUUACUUCUGGCAAAUUUUCAGGAAUGCACAUGUUUCAUUUAGUUCUUCUGUUUAAACUGUGAGGGUAGUAGAAUAGCAGAAAAUAAGGAAGAAAAUUAUAAAAGUAAUAUAGCUUUUAGGUCUAUAUAGCUUUAGAUUUAUAAUCAUUAAUUGUUACUAAUUUUGAUGUGAAAUAUUACUCUAGUAUAUAAACAUUGAGUUUAUAUACUUUUGGACGACCUGAACCAUAUCCAUAGUGAAAUUCUCUUGUAAAUGAAACCAGAAGACAGAAAAAUUGUAGGUAACUGAUGGCUCACAGAUUCUUUUCUUGGAGAGGUGAAUAAAAGCAGUUGCUGAGGUUAGUUGCAUCCUUUUCCUAAAGACAACAAAGAACAUCCUUUCAUGAUUUACUUGGUUGAUCUUGUUUUGUAGUAGGUAGUCACAAUGAGUUUAAAUAAACAGAUCACUAUGCAGAUAACUGCAGCUUGUGCAUCAACUUUUUUUGUUGAGGAUGAAGAAGUAAUGACAUUCAGUGAAAGUUUUCAUAAGAUACUAUAGGCCAGUAAUGGUGAACCUUUUAGAACCUUUUAGGGACCCUGUGCUGGGCCCCACUCUGCCUCCAGACUGUGUAUCAUGAUCCCUCCACUUGGGGGGUAGAGCAGAAUGAGGGGUCUGUUGCUGAAGAAGCCUGGGGUGAGGAGGCUCAGACACUCAGUGCUACCCCACCCCUUCCAGUUUGGGGUUAGGUUGGCUCCCAGCUGGCUCACACCUGCCCAGGGGAAAACUGUCUCCUGAAGCCACUGGGACUUGCUCCUGCAACCAGCUUCCCUAGGGGUAGGCUGAGGGAGGGGGAUGCUGCCUGGCUUGGAUCUGCCUGGAAGGUAGAAGAUAGGUGAAGCCUAGGUGGGAUGGCUUAGAGAUGAGUGCCUCCCCCCUCCUUUGGGGGGGAUUGACUCCCAGCUCAAUUGUAUAUGGGGGGAAGCCACCUCCUACAGCCACACGGACUUGCCCCUGCAUCCAGUCUCUCCUGGGCUGCCUAUUGGGUUGUGCCCCAUGUUGGGGUGGGAAUAGGGACAGGGGGAGGGCAGUUAGCCUUGAGGAGUGGAGUCACUCCCCAAACUGGUGGUUGACUGGGAAAGAAGGAAGUAGAGAUCUUUUUAGGGGCCAGGGCCAGGCUGGGUGGUGGGAGAGGAGACCCCUCCACUCCCAUUCCCUCCUGGAGUCCUUAGUCCCAGACAGGGGAAGGACAAAAGGAGGGGCAUGACCUGAGCACUCCACUCAGGGGAGGGAGUAAGGGCACAGGGAAGUGUUGUGGAGUUGGGGAAGGGAUCAGCUUCUGGGAGGGGUGUGGGCAUGUCCACAGAGAUGGCUCUGCAUUCCAUCUUUGGUAUGUGUGCCAUAGGUUUGCCAUCAUGGCUGUAGGCUAAGUAAUCAUAGAACACCUUUCAAUAUGAGAGAAGGGGCAUCUAAGUUGAUGGAAAAUAUUGGAUUAAAAAAAUACAGGGUAGAGAAAUGAAAGUGGCCAAAAAUUUAAAGAUUAAUUAGAAGUCUCAUGUAUAAAUAUCUUGAAAAUUUCCUUAAGAAUAAAGUCAGAAUCAAUCUAGGUAAAAUGAAUGAAUAUUUACAAAAAUAUAAAUUGCCUAGAUUAACAAAAGAGGAAAUGCAAUACUUUAUUGAACAAGAAAUUGAACUCCCCAGGAAAAAAUCCCCAGGGCCAGAUGUAUUCACAAGUGAAUUCUAUCAAACAUUUAAAAAACAACUACUCUUAAUACUAUACAAACUAUUUGACAAAAUAAGCAAGAAAGGAGUCUUACCAAAUUCUUUUUAUGACACCAAUAUGUACUGCUACCUAAGGCAGGCAGACCAAAAAUAGAAGGAAAACUACAGCCCAAUCUCUCUUUAAUGAAAAUAGAUGUAAAAAAUAUAAAUAAAAUACUAGCAAAGAUACUAUAGCAAGUUAUCACAAAGAUUACUUACUAUGACCAGGUGGGAUUUAUAUCAGGAAUGCAAGGCUGGUUAAAUAUUAGGAAAACCAUCAGCAUAAUUGACCACAUCAAUAAUCAAACUAACAGAAAUCACGAUUAUCUCACUAGAUGCAGAAAAAAGCCUUUGACAAAAUACAACAUCCAUUCGUAUUGGAAACACUAGAAAGUAUAGUAAUAAAAGGGCCUUUCCUCAAAAUAAUAAGUGGUAUUUAUUUAAAACCAUCAGCAAGUAUCAUCUGCAAUGGGAAUAAGUUAGAAGCCUUCUCAAUAAGAUUAAGAGUGAAGCAAGAAUGCCCAUUAUCACCACUAUUAUUUAAUAUUGUACUAGAAAUGCUAGCAGUAGCAAUUAGAGAGGAAAAAGAAAUUGAAGGAAUUGUAGGCAAUGAGGAAACUAAACUAUAACUCCUUGCAAUUGUUAUGAUGGAAUACUUGGAGAAUCCUUAAAAAGCUAGUAGAAAUAAUAAAAACUUUAGUAAAGUUGCAGGGUACAAAAUAAACACAUACAAAUCAUCAACAUUUCUAUAUAUUUCCAACAAAACUCUGCAGCAAGAGUUAGAAAAACUCCAUUUAAAAUCACUUUAGACAUUAUAAAAUAUUUGGGAAUCUAUCUGCCAAGACAAACACAGAAAUUAUCUGAACACAAUUGCAAAACAUUUUCCACACAAAUAAAACUAGAUCUACACAAUUGGAAAAAUAGUAAUUGCUCAUGGGUAGGAUGAACUAAUAUAAUAAAAAUGACAAUCCUACCUAAACUAAUUUACUUAUUCAGUGUUAUACCUAUCAAACUCUCCAAAUUUUUUUUUAGAAUUAGAAAAAUAAUAACAGAAUUCAUUUGUAAAAACAAAAGAUCAAGAAUAUCAAGGGAACUAAUAAAAAAAAUGUGGAGGAUGGUGUCCUAGCAGUACUAUAUCUUAAAUUGUAUUAUAAAGUGAUCAUCAAAACAGUAUGGUACUGGCUAAGAGAUAGAAGGAUGAAUCAGUGGACUAGACUAAGGAUAAGUGACCUCAGCCAUCUUGUGUUUGAUCCCUGCUUUUGGGAUAAGAACCCACUAUUUGACAAAAACUGCUGGGAAAAUUGGAAAACAUUAUGGUAAAAAUUAGGUUUAGAUCAAUAUACCAAGAUAAGUUCUAAAUGGCUAUAUAAUUUAAACAUAAUGAGUGAUAUUAUAAGUAAAUUAGGUGAAUGUGGAAUAGUAUACCUGUCAGAUCUAUGGAGAAGGGAAAAAUUUAAGACCAAGCAAGAGAUAGAGAACAUUACAAAAUGUAAAAUGAAUAAUUUUGAUUAUAUUGAAAAGAUUUUGUACAAACAAAACCAAUGUAACCAAAAUUAGAAGGGAAGCAACAAACUGGGAAAUAAUUUUUAUAACAAUUCUCUGACAAAGGCCUAAUUUCUCAAAUAUACUAAGUCAAAUUUGUAAGAAAUGAAAUCAUUCCCUAAUUGGUCAAGGGAUAUGAACAGGCAGUUUUCAAAUAAAGAAAGAAAAACUAUUAAUAAUCAUAUGAAAAAGUGUUCUAAAUCCCUCCUGAUUAGACAAAUGCAAAUUAAAACAACUGAGGUACCACCUCACACCUAGCAGAUUGUCCAGUAUGACAGUAAAGGAAAAUAAAUGUUGGAGAGGAAGUAGCAAAAUUGGGACACUAGUGCAUUGCUGGUGGAUUUGUGAACUGAUUCAACCAUUCUAGAAGACAAUUUAGAAUUAUGCCCAUAUGGCUCUAAAAGUAUUCAUACCCUUUGAUCCAGCAGUACCACUACUAGGUUUGUAUCCCAAAGAGAUUUUUUUAAAAUGGAAAAGGAUGUUUGUACAAAAAUAUUUAUAGCUAUACUUUUUGUGUUGGCAAAAAAUUGGAAAAUGAGGGUAUGUCCCUCAAUUGGGAAAUGACUGAACAAAUUGUGGUAUAUGAUGGUGAUGGAAUACUAUUGUGCUAUAAGGAAUGGUGAACUGCUUGAUUUCUAUAAGAACUGGAAAGGCCACCAUGAACUGAUGCGGAGUGAAAUAAGCAGAACCAGGAGAAUAUUAUAUACAGUAACUGAAGUAUUGUGGGACAAUCAAAUGUAAUAGACUUUGUUACUAAAAGCAAUGCAAUGAUCAAGGACAAUUCAGAGGAACUUCUGAGAAAGAAUGCUAUCCACAUCUAGAAAAAGAAAUGUGGGAGUAGAAAUGCACAAGAAAACAUGAUUUAUCACUUGUUUAUAUGGUAUAUGAUUUGGGCUUUUUUUUUUUUAAACCCUUACCUUCCGUCUUGGAGUCAAUACUGUGUAUUGGCUCCAAGGCAGAAGAGUGGUAAGGGCUAGGCAAUGGGGGUCAAGUGACUUGCCCAGGGUCACACAACUGGGAAGUGGCUGAGGUCAGAUUUGAACCUAGGACUUCCCGUCUCUAGGCCUAGCUCUCAACACACUGAGCUACCCAGCUGCCCCCUGGGCUUUUGUUUUUAAAAGAUUACUCUAUUACAAAAAUGAAUAAUAUGGAAAUAGGUUUUGAGUGAUAAUAUAUGUAUAACCCAGUGGAAUUGCUUGUCAACUCUGGGAGGGGGGGAAGGGAGACAACAUGUAACCAUGGAAAAAUGAAAAAAAUUUAAAAUUAAAAAACAAUAAAGUCAGAUUGUACUUAUGAAGUGAGUACUCUUCAUCACAAAAUUGAAAUUGACUAUAUCUCAAUAGACAGAAAAUGAUUGGUUACUGAUCAAGGAACCUUUCAGAAUCAGUUGUCCAUUUAGUGAGAUCAUAAAUGAUUAUGAUUAUAACAAAGUACAAAAUUAGUGAAAAGAGUGAAGCAAAACAUUUUCUAAACUCUAGGUACUGUCCUAAUAAACACUGGGAAUACAAAUGGAAGCGGAAAGAUAGUUUCUACCUUUAAGGAAUUUACAUUAUAAAAUUGAAAAAGGUGAGUGGAGGAUAAAGGAACAGGGGGAAGGUACCCAUAGGAUAACAGUAGAAAAUUCCAGAAAAUCAGGAAUGGUACCAGGAGAAUAAAACAUGUCUGGCCCAAUUAUUGUUGUUCAGUUUUUUCCUUUGUUUUAGUUUGUUUAUUGUGUUUCAGUUGUUGUGACUGAUCCCAUUUGGGUUUUCUUGGCAGAGUUACUGAAGUGGUUUGCCAUUUCCUUCUCCAGCUCAUUUGACAGAUAAGGAAACUGAGGCAAACAGGGUUAAGUGACUUGCCCAAGGUCACACAUCUGAGUCUGUCUAUGAUCUUCUCCCAAAGGAGUUACAGUUACCUCCAUCUAGAGAAACAUCUGUAGCAUCCAUGAGUCAGACAAGUGGCGGUGAGGCAGGCUCGCCUCCUCCAGCUGUAGUUGCUGCUGAUGCUUCUUCAGCUCCCUCCUCUUCCUCCAUGGGCGGUGCUUGCAGCUCCUUUACCACCUCUUCCAGCCCUACCAUUUAUUCUACCUCAGUCACCGACAGCAAGGCUAUGCAAGUGGAGAGCUGCUCCUCAGCCGUGGGGGUAAGUAACCGAGGGGUAAGUGAAAAGCAGUUAACCGGUAACACAGUCCAGCAGCAUCCGCCAACACCGAAGCGGCACACAGUCCUGUACAUCUCGCCGCCACCUGAGGACUUGCUGGAUAACAGCCGGAUGUCCUGCCAGGAUGAGGGCUGUGGACUGGAAUCUGAACAGAGCUGCAGUAUGUGGAUAGAGGAUUCUCCCUCCAACUUCAGUAACAUGAGCACCAGCUCCUACAAUGAUAAUACGGAGGUACCACGAAAAUCACGAAAACGAAAUCCAAAGCAGAGGCCGGGGGUCAAACGGCGAGAUUGUGAAGAAUCCAACAUGGAUAUAUUUGAUGCUGACAGUGCCAAAGCACCUCACUAUGUGCUUUCCCAGCUUACCACGGACAGCAAAGGCAACUCAAAAGCAGGAAAUGGAACACUGGAAAAUCAGAAAGGAGCUGGUGCAAAGAAGAGUCCUAUGUUGUGCGGACAGUAUCCUGUUAAAAGUGAGGGAAAGGAACUGAAGAUAGUGGUUCAACCUGAGACCCAACACAGAGCUAGAUAUCUGACUGAGGGCAGCCGAGGUUCAGUGAAAGAUAGGACACAACAAGGCUUUCCUACUGUAAAGCUUGAAGGACACAAUGAGCCUGUAGUGUUACAAGUGUUUGUGGGUAAUGACUCUGGUCGAGUGAAACCACAUGGAUUUUAUCAGGCCUGUAGAGUAACAGGUAGAAAUACAACUCCUUGCAAAGAAGUUGAUAUUGAAGGUACUACGGUUAUAGAAGUUGGCCUUGAUCCUAGCAACAACAUGACACUGGCGGUGGACUGUGUAGGGAUCUUGAAGCUCAGAAACGCUGAUGUUGAAGCUAGAAUAGGAAUUGCAGGUUCUAAGAAAAAAAGCACUCGGGCCAGAUUGGUUUUCCGAGUUAACAUCACACGGAAAGAUGGCUCAACUUUAACACUACAAACACCUUCCUCUCCAAUUCUAUGUACUCAGCCAGCAGGAGUACCAGAGAUCUUAAAGAAAAGCCUUCAUAGUUGUUCAGUAAAAGGAGAGGAAGAAGUCUUUCUCAUUGGCAAAAAUUUUCUGAAAGGAACUAAAGUUAUCUUCCAAGAAAAUGUUUCUGAUGAAAACUCUUGGAAGUCAGAAGCUGAAAUAGACAUGGAAUUAUUUCAUCAGAAUCAUCUUAUUGUGAAGGUGCCUCCAUAUCAUGACCAAUAUAUAACCUUGCCUGUGUCUGUGGGGAUAUAUGUAAUAACCAAUGCUGGAAGAUCCCAUGAUGUUCAGCCAUUCACCUACACUCCAGAUACAGCUAAUGCUCUGAAUGUAAAUGUGAAGAAGGAAAUGUCCAGUCCAGCACGACCUUGUUCUUUUGAAGAGGCUAUCAAAGUAAUGAAAGCCACUAGUUGUAAUCUAGAUAAGGUAAAUAUUCUUCCUAGUGCCUUGAUCACUCCACUAAUGUCAAGCAGUAUGAUUAAGAAUGAAGAUGUUACCCCAAUGGAAGUAACAGCAGAAAAGCGAUCUUCUCCUGUCUUUAAAACAACUAAGGCAGUUGGAUCAACUCAGCAAACAUUAGAAAAUAUCUCCAACAUAUCAGGAAGUGGAUCUUUUUCAUCUUCUUCCCAUUUACCUCCUGAAAAUGAAAAGCAGCAGACAAUUCAGUCUAAAGUGUACAACACAGAAGGUCUGACCACUCUGCAGACACAGGACAUUACACAACCAGGGACCUUUCCAACAGGUCCUGCUGCCAGCCAGUUGUCCAGCAGUGAUGCAUUAUUGCAGCAAGCUAACCAGUUUCAGGGCAGAGAGCCCCAGUCUAGGGAGGUUCUACAAACUGAGGGUGGUGUGGUGAAUUUGUCCCAGUUGACUGAGGCACCACAGCAGCCACAGCCAUCACCCCUGCAAGAACAAGCGCAGACCCUACAGCAGCAGAUUUCAUCCAACAUUUUCUCACCACAAAACAGUGUGAGUCAACUACAAAAUACCAUCCAGCAGUUACAAGCUGGAAGUUUUACAGCUGGUGCUGCCAGUGGCAGCAGUGGAAACGUGGAUCUGGUCCAGCAAGUCCUCGAGGCCCAGCAGCAGCUAUCUUCAGUUUUGUUUUCUGCUUCAGAUGGCAAUGAGAAUGUCCAAGAACAGCUCAGUGCUGACAUUUUUCAGCAGGUUAGUCAAAUUCAAAAUAGUGUAAGCCCUGGAAUAUUUUCUUCAACAGAACCAGCUGUCCAUGCCAGGCCAGAAAAUUUAAUGACUGGAAGAGCUGAGAAUGUUCAUCCCCAGGCUGAAGGUACAUUAUCCAAUCAGCAGCAGCAGCAACAGCAGCAGCAGCAAGCAAUGGAAUCAUCAGCUGCUAUGGUGAUAGAAAUGCAGCAGAGUAUCUGCCAGGCAGCUGCCCAAAUGCAGUCCGAGUUAUUCUCUUCAUCUGCCUCUGCAAAUGGAAACCUCCAGCAAUCUCCAGUUUACCAGCAGGCCUCCCAUAUGAUGAGUGCAUUAUCAACCAGUGAGGACAUGCAGAUGCAGUGUGAACUUUUCUCUUCUCCUGCUGUUUCUGGGAAUGAAACUUCUACUACCACCACACAGCAGGUAGCAACCCCUGGCCCUACCAUGUUUCAGACUUCAAAUUCAACAGAUGGAGAAGAAACUGGAGGACAAGUAAAACAGAUACAGAACAAUGUAUUUCAGACCAUGGUACAAAUGCAGCGCAGUGGAGAAAAUCCACCUCAAGUUAACCUUUUUUCAUCUACAAAAAAUAUGAUGGCUGUUCAGAAUAGUGGUACUCCACCACAGGGCAAUGGUCUGUUCCAGCAGAGUAAUGAGAUAUUGUCUCUUCAGUCUGGAAGCUUUAUACAGCAGCCUUCUCAUUCACAAGCUCAGCUUUUUCACCCACAAAAUUCUAUUGGUGAGACCCAGAAUAUACCCCAGGAAACUCAAGGUUCUCUUUUUCACAGUCCCAGUCCCAUUGUCCACAAUCAGACUUCCACAUCAUCCUCUGAGCAGUUGCAGCCUUCAAUGUUCCAUUCCCAGGGUACCAUGGCUGUAUUGCAAGGAUCUUCUGUUCCUCAAGACCAGCAGCCAACUAACAUGUUCCUUUCUCAGAGUUCUAUAAAUACACUUCAGAAUAACACAGUGUCUCAAGAAGAACAAAUCUCAUUUUUUACAACACAGAACUCAAUUCCUCCACUUCAGCCAGCACCAAACACUGAGCAACAAACUGCUUUUCAGCAGCAGACACAGAUAUCCCAUAUUCAGACACCAAUGCUUUCCCAAGAACAGGCACAGCCUCCUCAGCAAAGCCUUUUUCAGCCUCCAGUAUCAUUAGGUGCUCUCCCGCCAAAUUCAAUGGCCCAGAACCAACAAGGGACAAUCUUCCAAUCACAGCAUCCAAUAGUUGCCAUACAAAAUAGUGCUUCAUCCCAAGAGCAGCAGCAGCAGCAACAGCAGCAGCAGCAGCAGCAACAGCAGCAGCAGCAGCAGCAACAGCAGCAGCAGCAGAAUAUUUUGUUCGGUAAUCAGAAUACCAUGGCUACAAUGGCAUCCCAGAAGCAACCACCACCAAAUAUGAUAUUCAAUCCAAAUCAAAAUCCACUAGCCAGUCAAGAACAGCAAAACCAGUCUAUGUUUCACCCACAAAAUAAUAUGGCAACAAUGAAUCAAGAACAACAGCCCAUGCAGUUUCAGAACCAAAACACAGUUUCUUCCCUUCAGACCCCAGGAUCCACCCAGGCUGAACCACCCCAGCCAUCUUUGUUCCAUGCCUCUCCCCAGAUUCAAUUGGUCCAAGGCUCACCUAGUUCACAAGAGCAGCAAGUAACACUCUUCAUCUCUUCAGCUUCCAUGUCUGCCUUGCAGACUAGUAUGAACCAACAAGACUUGCAACAGCCUCCACUCUACUCUCCUCAGAAUAACAUGCCAGGAAUCCAGGGAGCUGCAGCUUCACCUCCACAGCAGACCAGUUUAUUUCACAACACAGCAGGAAGUACAAUGAACCAACUGCAGAAUUCUCCUGGCUCAUCUCAACAAACUUCAGGAAUGUUCUUAUUUGGCAUCCAAAAUAACUGUGGCCAGCUCUUAACCUCUGGACCAGCAACAUUGCCGGAUCAGCUAAUGGCUAUAAGUCAGCCAAAUCAACCUCAAAGUGAGGGUCAGCCACCUGUGACAACACUUCUGUCUCAACAAAUGCCAGAGAAUUCUUCACUAGCACCAUCUAUAAACCCCAACCAGAACAUUGAAAAGAUUGAUUUGCUUGUUUCAUUGCAAAACCAGGGGAACAACUUGACUGGCUCAUUUUAACUGCAUACAAGAAUUCUGUGAAAGAAAAUGCAGUUUCAGGAUGGCCUUGGAGCUUAUAACUACAUUUGUAUUAAAGUAUAUGGAACUAAGCCGUUCUAUGAAAAAAAUUACACCAAAAAACUAUAUUUGAGUAAAUAUAUGGAUUUUUACCCUCCCUGCAGAAGAGCACAUUUCUGCUAUUUAUUGCAGUGAUUAAUCAACAAUGUUCAUAUUUCAUAUUCCUGAUAGCAAUAAUGACUAAGAAUUUGUUUUGUGUUCCUAUUUGGUAAAUAUAAUUAUCAUUAUUCUCCUAAGCACAGUGCCUCUGUAUAAGGUACAGUAUGAAUUCAAGUCUAAUCUACUCAGUCAUUAUUGCUAUUAGAAAAUAACCCAUGAUGUCAUUUUAUUUUUUAUUUGUUCAUUAUUUUUCUUCCUCAAGUCUUUUCUGUUUAAAUAAUGGUUUUUGGGAAAAGCAUACCCAUAACUGAAGCUAAUAUUGUCCAAGUAAAAAGCAUGGUUAUUAGUCAAAGUAAAGGAAUUUUUUCAGUUUUCGUAGAGAUCCUGAAGUGUUUAGACAAUAAUAGACUAUAGUAACAGUACUCAGAGAAGACAGAUCUGUCUGUAUCUUAAAAGAAGACACUGUUAAUGGAACUGAGAAUAGUUAUAAUGCUUUAAGGCUCCACAUCAGAGACUUGUUCAUGGUUUUCUAUAUGUUUGAUUUAAAAUGUUUAGCCUAUGAUUGUGCCUAGAGUAGUAAUCAUCUUGUUCUGCAAAAAUGAAGGGGACAAUUUAUGGUAUAUUUCGUUUUUGUAUUUUCUAUGGUAUCCUGACCUGUAGGAGUAAUUUGAAUGGCUGAAGUUUCAAGUCCUUUGUAAUCUAGUUUGCAUUCUUUGGUCAGAAUUUAUCCUAACUCAGCCUUAGACCAACAUUCCUUUUUUAUAUGUAUCCAUGAUUUUUUUCUUCAUUUUUUAAUUUGGUUUUAAGCAACUAUCAAUACAUUACUGGCUUUAGGAUCCUCUAGCAGCUUAAAGAAAAUAAGACCCCUUUGACCCAAGGUGAUCUAGCAAGUCCUGCAACACAGGGAAUGAGAAAAGGUCCCUUUCAUAAACUGGAAGGGGCAGGAAUUGACUCCAAGAAAGACAGUACAUUUUUCCCAUGAACGGUGCUGUUGUAAAGUCUUCAAAAAAACAUUUCCCUCCAGUGGGAAACAAAAGCUAAGUUUUCUUGAAAUACCACUUCUCCCUGAGCUGCAGUGACUGUCAUACACUUGUCACCUCAGUGCUUUACAAUUUUGAAGUGGUCACUUUACUGAUAGUUCCCAUGAGCCUUAGGCUUUACAGGGUCAUAAUGUUCACUUUAAAUGAAGAAUUCACUUGCUAUAUCUGUAAAGAGCAAAAGAACACACUCCUGGACUUGCAGUUGUAGCAUUGGUUAUACAGUUUGGGUGCUUUGACCAACCCAAGGAAUAUUUGCUUCUCACUACAACCUCUUGUCUGGACUUGUGCUUUUUUCCUAUUCUCCUUUUGGCAUGUAGAAAGCUGUUAUUGCAGUUUAGAGCCAAACUGGUGUGUGUAGCUUCUAAAUCUUGGUCUAAUAGUUUUGGUAUUCUUGUCAGUUACAUUUUGUUUUAUUGUUUUAAGUACAGAAGAAUAGCCUGUAAAUUGUUCACCUUUUCUGUUUAUUGUAUUAUGUUUUUCUAUCUUUGUAUACUUGGUUGAAUUGUGUAGAAUUGUGGUGGUGUUGGUUUUGUUUUUAUAACUAGAUUUUUCUUAUUUGUGAUGGUCUUUCUCUGUUAUUUGUAUGUUCUUUCGCUACCUUGUAUUUGCCAUAUCCUUCUCUUUUCUUCUCUCACAUGCAUAUUUCUCUUUCUCCUUUUAUCCCCUCUCUUCCCCCCUCCCUCUUUCUCUUGCUGCCUCCCUUCUUCCUCCCUUUCUUUUCCUUUCCCUUUCCCUCUUCCUCUUCCUCCCUACUCCCUCUUUCCUUCUCUCUCUGAUUGAGAGGCAUUGAAUUACGUUUUCAGUAGUACAGGCUUCUUGCCGAUAUGAAGGGAACUUUUCAGAAAGAGACCUGCUCUGGGUCAUUUAAUUUUGAAUACAGUUUUCAAUCGUUCAAGUUUUGGAUGGUUUAUAUCUAAUGUGUGUUUCAUUUUUUUGGAAAGCUAUAUUUUGUAUUUAGGAAAUGGUAUACUAUUUUGCUAUUUGUACUGAGUGAGUACAUUGGCAUAAAUAUAAAAAAAUUUAUAUAUAUAUAUAUAUACAUAUAUAUAAACUAUUCUUUUUUGCCACACAUUUUUGUGGUAAAUUUGUGAGUUUGUCUGAUGUUCUACCACAACGUGGCGUCUGAUAACAGUGAGGGGGGUUUUGUUAUGUCUUUAUUAAGUAUUUAAGUACUUUUUGCAACAGAAAUGACCUGUUCAUCUGUGGCCAUUCCAUCGGGCAGUGCAUUGUUGUUAGUGGGCUAAAGGCAACUUCACUGUGUUUGCUGUGUUUGUUAACUCAGCAGUGUGUUGAAGUCAGGAAACUGAUUUUGGCAAUUGUGUCAUAUGAUGUUUCACCAGAAUGAGCCAAUCAGCUUUUGCUCACUAUAUAUUUAAUAUUUUAUUAUUGUUAUUAUUAUUAAUUGGCUUAAAUUGUUCUAUACCUUUUAUUUAUAAGUACACUAAACCAUAAUGCAAUUUUAAUAAAGAACAUUUUCCUCACCAUAUAAUGCCCAGAACUACAUUUUAAAUUCUCUAAACCAAAAACCUUAUCUUCUCCAUUUAAGGAGAGAAAAAUCCCCCAAGAUAUAUAGUUCAGGAUAUGAAAAAGAUCUGCCAUAACCCAGUGCUUCACUUCCAAAAUGUAAAGUCCUAAUAAAAUAUAAAAUGUUAUAGUGUCAAGGCAAUUAUACCCAGCAGCUACAUAAUUGGGGAAGAGAAAUAAAAUUAUUUUGGUCAGUUUAGUUUUGUGUUUUCCUAGAAUAUUUUUAAAAGUGAGGAUCCAGAGAGACCUAUUUAUUCACCAAUAUUCCAGGACUGAAAUAUUUGGUAACACUGUGGUUAUAGCUUCAUUUUACAGUUGGCAUCUUACAAAAAGAUUGACUUGUGUACUGAUUUACCUUCUUUAGAAGAAUGUUAAUUAUUGGGAAAUAAUCAGAUGUCAGUGCCAAGUCACCGGGGACCAAUUUUCUGUUUUACAGUAUCUUUGUUUAGUACCUAUACCUGAACUGUACUGAUUCCCAGUUUUGGGUGGAGGAAGAAAACCCAAUUUUCACAUAUUUCAUAAAUUUGGGGAUUGUCUAUUCAAGGGCUGUGCUGUGCUACCAUAUUCCUGUUAAUUCACUAAUGGUGACUUUAUUUUUUACUUCGUUAAAUUUACAUUAUCUAUUUUAGGUCAAUGUUAAGUGUACAACAUUCUGAACACGUGAUUUGGUUACAAAAAGUAUUUGUAUUUUGAAUGAAGGGUUAAGCUCAAUGGUUGGUUUGUGCUAAUACUGCUGCUUUCAAACAACUGUUACAGAUGCGAAAGAGACGUUCAGUGAGCCAGCAAAGAGCCUUAGAAGAAACAAUUGAUCUGAAUUGUUUCAUGGCAGAAGGACCUAAAUAUACUGUGAACCACAUCUUAUUUCCUUCAUAUUGCUAUCUUCAACAUGUUCUUAAUUUCAGCAAUGAACACUUAUGCUUGGAGCUUAUCUGUGUGUAUGUGUGUGUGUGUGUGUAUUGAGAGUGUGAAUUGUUUCCCUGCUUAUUCAUUCCAUUAUACUUUGAUUAUAUAGAGUGUUUGGAGAUUUGUUUUUAUUUUUUAAAUUUAACAUAAUAGGUCAUAGUUACCUUAUAAAGUACUAUACCAUGAUUCAAGAUUCACAUUGUUUUAGCUCAAUAUUAAACUAAAACACUUUUUAAUGAUUUUUAUUUAUCAAAAAAUUAGUGGAAAUACUUUUUCUUGCAUUACAUUUAAAUACAUUACAUUGUUUAAGAAGUGACAUGAAAACAAAAUGUGCUUUUCUUUUUCACAAUUGUGAAACAUGAGAAACAUCUGGAGGUAAAGACUGGAACAGAAUACUGCCUUAAUAAUGCACAGAUCCAAAUUCAAUAUGAAUGUUUACAAACAUUCAACAGAUGGAAUCUUAAAAGUUUGUUGUUUUGUGAAAUUUUCUCUUCAAAUAUGUUUGCUAAUUGGUAAAUUAGUAUCCUAUGAGCCAGUUAACUUCAUUCUUUUCCAUUUUCAUAGACUGUACCACUUUUCUGGGUCCAGUGUUUAAUAGAUGUGUGCCUUUGUUACAGAGAGAAAUAGAGUAUAAUAGAGUAGAGGAUGUGGAUAGCCAUCCCAGUGGAAUGGGAAUGGGCAAAAAAAGGUGGGUUGAAAAAGUGGGUUCUGGGUAAUAGUGAGUCAGGAAUGUCAUCUCUAUAUAAGAGUGGCACCAUAUAGUGUGUAGUAAGGUAGUGUCCGUCCUCCACCUAUUUGUUUCAAAAGAGUUAAAACUAAUUAUUUUGAAAUAUCUUAGUAAUGAAAUGGGUAGGUGAUACUCAUAAUGUAAUAAUAUCAAAAUAGAUAGUAAAACUAAAUUACUUCAGUUAUGAACAUAUCUAGCUAGCACUUUAUGUCCUACCUAUUCCCCUUGAGCUCCAGUUGAGUUGUUUUUUUGUUUGUUUGUUUUUUAUUUUUCUUUCCUUCUCUUUCAUGCUGGCUUUCAUUAAUGGAUGUAGUUCAGUCAAGUAUUUGCCGCUACCUAUCUGAUAUAAUUCAGGAAGCCUUUAAAAAAAAAACCCUAUUAUAAAUCCAAAUUAAACUUAUUUUCAAGUGCCUUUCUUAUUUUGACAAUGCCAUCUUAAAAAAAUUUUGUUUAGCAUUGCCAGAAAAUACAUACCUUUAUACCAAGAGUUUAUUAUCCCUUACUUUAAUUUCCUCUUGUCUUCUCUCUGUUUCUUAACUACUGCCUUGAAAUUUCUGUUAAGAAAUAUUGACUGAAAAGCAGUUUCCAUGUCCUUAUCCUCUUUGCCAUAUUAUUAAAUAAAAUGUUUUUAUUAAACUUUUUUGAGGGUGAAGGGAAAGUGUCUGUUUUAUUAUUUGGAUAUUAUAUGUGAGCUGUUCCUCAUUUUUGUUAAUCAUGACCCACUUAUAAUUUAUAUGUGUUAAUGUGUACAAAUGACACAAUACCUGUAAUUCAGCAUAAUUAUAAGUACCAAGAAGGAGGUUUGUAAAAUCAUGUUUAGCAUGAUUUUAACAGAAGAAUGAAAAUAAAUCCCUGAAGCACAGUUUAAGUUAAAUCUUACCAUAAUGAUAUUUUAAAGUAAAAAAGGUAAAACAAAUUGAUGUACUUCUUGUUCAUUUUUCUAUGAGUGUAUCAGAACUUCAACUUACCCUCUUGAAGAAGCAAACUAGCAGAACUAGCAGAAAAAAAAAGUUGCACUGAAUUAUUGAAGAGCAAAGAUGAUUCCUUUGGAAUAGAUAUAGAUAGGCAAACAAAUUAAGUUUUGUUCUGUGGUCCUCUUGUGAUUUGUCCAUAUUUCAAACUUUGCUCAAAUGUAAUAGUAGAGAUUAGCAAUAGCAGCAAAAAUUGAAAUGCUUAAGAUAGUAAGAAGAUGAGAUGAAAUCCCAUCAUUUACUCCUAAAUGAUAGCUAGCACUUCCUCUCAUAGUUAAAAAAUCAUAAAUAUUAAUCUCUUGGAAGGAGACACUGAAGGAAAAUCCACUGGCGUGGAACUGCUUUUCUUGUACGAGUAUUUUCAUGACUGUUUCAUGGCACCUUGAGACUGCAGACCUUGAUACAGUAUUUUUAAUAUUCAAUUCACAGUAUGCACUUUAAUCAUUACAAAGAAGUCAAGGGUGCUAAAUAGUGGUCAUUCUUUAUUAAUGAAUACUUUUUAAUGUUCUACGGUACUUGUCUUUUUUUGACUUGGUAAACCAAGACACUAUAGGUAUGUGAUUAUCUUCCAAAUUAUCUGUAUAAUUGGGCUGAAGCCUUUGAAAUCUAACCAGUCAUAAAGGAAAAAUAUUAGGCAUGAAUAAAUCCACUCUGUCUUUUUAAAAUCAUAAAAUCAAGCACAUUAACCUUUUUUAUUUGUCAGCCCACAUUUUGAGGGUUAAUUCCAUGUAUUUUUGUUAUGCAUAUAAACAUUAUGGUAUAUAAUUUUGUACAUAUAGUAUAUGUAUAUAUGUAUACUAUAUAUACCUGGAUCUAGCAGAAAUUUUUUAAUUUUGUUAUUCAACAUGUAAUCAUGUUGAUAUUAUAUAAACUUAAGACAACUUAUCCCUAAUGGUUUAUGAGCAACACUAUUAAAUAUCUUCAGUUUAUUAUCAUUAGGAUCUCUAGCAACGAAGUUUAAAUAUGUAGUCUUUGGAUACAUACACAUAGACUCAAUUUGAUUAUAAAUAAUGUUCAGUUAAUUUUUUGGUGUAACAUUCUCAUUAAAACCUUUACAUGAAAUAGCUUUGAUUUAAACAUAUAUUUGGAUUAUUCUUUCUUUUAAUUUUUUUAAAAAAUGCAACUUGACAGGUGCUAAAGUCUUCUGUUCAUUGAAUUGGGUACAUUAUGGACAAUGUUGAGACAAGCUUUUAUCUUACCUACUUACCAGCAUGCUAUGGCCCUGUUGUGGCUGGAGCGCCUAUCGAAGCAGAAACAUCUUUCAUUCCCUGUACCCGCUGAGUUGUAUAUGUGAGGAAGUCAGCAAAGUAGCCAACUAGUUCUAACAUAAACAGUUACUGAAGCCAUAUGAACAUUAAUUUCUAAGGGAAUGAAUUAUAUUCUCAUUUCCCGCAUAGUCACUGACAGUUGUUUGGUAACAACUUUCAGCUUUUUUCAACCAUAUAAUUUGUAAAAGUUGAUAUCUUGAUCUUGCUAUCCAGUUACUUAUCUCUGCUCCCUUAUUUUAAUCUUUUACUCUAGCAAAUAAAUUGACAAGUUUAAGAAAAAUGUUUAUCUUAAGAUAAACACCAUAAUGUAAUUUCUGGUGUUUGUUUUUGGUUUUUAAGGUAGAACUUUUCAAGAUGAAAGUAGGCUUCCAGGAGAAUUCACAGAUUGGCCUUGCAAUGUACAAGAACUUGAUGGAGAAUACUUGUGUUAGUGAUGUGAUGUGCUUGUCCACCUAUACUUCAUCUAGAAGUGAAGUGAGCUAUUAGAUUUUUCACUAUGAAUAUUCGUUAUUGCCCUAAUAGUUCUGUGAUCUCAUCUGCAUGAAUAAGCCCUCAAAAAAUACAGAUUGCCAGCUAUCCAUGUCUGCUUGUGCUAUGUGACUGUUUCUGUCCUUCCUUAAAUUCACCAAAGAAAUGUAAAACAAAUGCUAAAUAAAAUAAGAUGUUGUAAAUAGAAUGAUAAAGACAAGCAAAUUUGUUCAGUAGUUCACCUAAUUUCUUAAUUAUUCCUCAGUCUCUUUUUUCUUUUUCCUCGUACACAUUAACUCCUAGCUUGCACUCAAUUGGCCCAGCCAAGUAUAGAGGAAAGCACACAGCCUUUUCACAUUUCAGACAUCAAAAUCUGAAAUUCGUGACUUCUUUCAAAAUCUUUACCUCCUUUAGUGAUCACAAUUACACAGGCACAAGAUGAAGAGCCAGUUUCUCCUCCCUCAUUUGAAAAUUGUUGUGGUGUGUAUGCUGUACAUUCCUAAUUGUCAAGAGCCCUGAAUGUGGGGGUCAUGAAGAUCCAAGUUCUAGUCUUCACUUUGCUACCUAAUAGCUAUGUGACCUUGGGCAAGUCAUUUAAUACGCUCUAAGCCUUAGUUUCCUCACCUAUAAAAUGAGGAUAACAGUCUGCCUAGCUGAACAAAACUGUUAAAAGACUUAAAUGAGAUAGUAUAUUAAAAGCAUUUUGUAAAGUCCAAAGUGCUAUCAAAUUGCAAAGGAUGAUCUCUUCUUCUUUCAUUGAAUAGCACCCUCAUUUUGGUAUUCAGAGAAUCCUACCAGAUCUUUAGUCAUUUUCCAACUGUAAUUUUUACUUUCAAAACCUGUCUCACACUAAACUUUAAAUGUCAUUGGAUUACCCCAAAUGUUACUUUUCAGGUCUCAUUUGAUUAACUUAUUGAAUCUUCCUGGAUGUAUUAUUCUUAUAUGUUAUGGCCCUCUGACCCUCUUUCUUUACUAAAAAAUAUGGUGAGUGUUUUAAAUGUGUACCAUGUGAUUUGUAGAUGUAUUUCAUCACACUAAAAGCAGGAAGAUUUUAGUGAUUUCAUAUUCCAUUAAAUUUGAGGUGGUUUCUUUUGAUAUAGUGAAUGCAUCAGGUCACCUUGCUCUUGUUAUCUUAGAUAAGCUCCAAGCAGUUGUUCUUUUUGACCCUUCCUCUUGCUCUUCUUUUUAUUUAAUCUUCAGUAUGUUAUAAUUUUUCAGUAACCCAUUCUUUAAUUAAGUGGUUUAUCUGCCUUUCUGCCAUUUUUUUUUUGCUUGAGCACACUGAUCAACCACUGAGCUACCUUCUUCCAUUGUCCUGCAAUGAUGUGAAGGUAGCACCAGAUGUUCCUUUGUGCAUUUUUGUGUAUAUGGCUUUCAUAGUUGGGAUUUUCAGAGCACUGAUACCAGAUGUUUUCAGUUUGUUCUCUGGGGAAUUUCAUUUGCAUCUAUGUUUUUAGCUAUCUGUGAUAACUUGUUAAAUAUUAAAAAAUAUUUUGCUUCUAUUGGGACAUUUGUAUACUCGCAACUAUAUUUCUGUAAACAGCUGCAGUCAAAAAUAAAACAUUGAAAGUUUUCAUUUUGUUGUGUAAA